AUUUUGAUCAUAAUAUUCGAGCCGGACGCGUCAGUAUCAAAACGAUCGUCAAACGAGAAGGUUCUCGAAACGAAAUCUAGGAGUUAUAAUGGCCCGUACGAAGCAGACAGCUCGCAAGUCCACCGGUGGCAAGGCGCCCCGUAAGCAGCUUGCAACGAAAGCGGCUCGCAAGAGCGCGCCGGCGACCGGCGGUGUGAAGAAGCCGCAUCGUUAUCGGCCUGGCACCGUAGCUCUGCGUGAGAUCCGUCGUUACCAGAAGAGCACCGAGCUUCUCAUACGAAAGUUGCCGUUCCAACGUCUAGUGCGCGAGAUCGCUCAGGACUUCAAGACCGAUCUGCGUUUUCAGAGCUCCGCCGUCAUGGCAUUGCAGGAAGCUAGCGAGGCCUAUUUGGUUGGCCUGUUCGAAGAUACAAACUUGUGCGCGAUCCACGCCAAGCGCGUAACCAUCAUGCCCAAGGAUAUUCAACUAGCUCGGCGUAUUCGAGGAGAACGCGCUUAGACGCCUGUCGUCCUAUAAAACAAAU